CAGAAUGAUUUCAAAUUGCAAUUUCGCCAGAGUUCGUAAUGUUUGAGCAAUAACCGUCGUGACUCGUGAGUGAAUAUAUACUUCGGUGUUUAUUUUUUGAAAGUCUUUGGCUUUGCAUUUCAUAUAUUAUGGGCAUAUAAGCUUAUAUUUGACAGUUCUCAGUAGAAAGUUCUUAUUCGGAGUUGUUUACUGUUGUUUGAUUUGAAUAAGAUUGGGACUUUUACGAAAAAAAAGAAACUUAGCUUGGACCAUAUUCGAUUCGACAGCUAGAAUUCGAAUUCAAACCGAAUUGCAACGAUUGGCGUGUGAGCAAGCUUUGCCUGCUCAAUACAAUCACGUGAAUGCUGUAUUCGCAUCUCGAUAGGCUCACGGAGCUAAAGGAGACAGUUACACUUGUUUGGACAGAAUUUGUCUGCUGUUUAUUCUGUGCAAACGUGAUAAGAGUGACCGCUGUUUUUGACAAAAAGUGAGAAUAAAUAAUAAUCAUUCUGCGUUUCAUCAAUGAAACACCUCGUGAAAAAUGAGCGACCACAUGAAUAUUUCAACUUGGAAUUUCGACGAUGUCGUAGUGCCGUUGACUCCGGAAUAUAUGAUGAAGACGCACACCGACUCUGCAAAUCUUGAAGGCAGUAAAUUUAUUUCUUCUCAAGACAGUGAUCCACUUCAAGAAUUACUUUCAUUAGACGAUACUAUAUUCGAUCAAUUCGAAGUUGAUGCUAAUGUCGACAGCAUUGCUCAUGGCAAAAGUAAAUUAUUCAACGAAUCCAAAUUCUUUUUGGACGAAACUCUGCACGACGAUCCGAGUAAUUGCAGCGACAACGCGGCUGAUUGUCUGUUGGAGGACAGCUUUAUAAAGUACAACAAUAACGUCGCCGAUGAGUUAAAUGCAUCUGUCAAUUUUUUAAAAACCAAACUUUUUGACAUGCCUGGAGAAAAGUUCGUACAGCCGCCAAAGAAAAAAACUUGUCUUGAAAAAUCGAAUAAUGCUACAAAUUUAAAAAAAAGUAAUGAUUUUUAUGGAUUACCAGAAAUUUUAAAAAAUUCAAUCAAAAAAUACAAAGGAAUAGAUAAACUUUAUGAUUGGCAAGAUGAAUGUCUUAAAAUGAAAGCUAUCGAGGAGAGGAAAAAUUUGAUUUAUGCUCUACCAACUAGUGGAGGAAAAACAUUGGUUGCUGAAAUAUUAAUGUUUAAGGAAAUAAUUUGCAACAAAAAAAAUGUUAUGUUUGUGUUGCCAUUUGUUGCAUUAGUCCAAGAAAAAAUCCAAGCAAUCACUCCAUUUGCUUUAGAAUUUAAUUUCUUGAUCGAAGAAUAUGCAGCUGCAAAAGGGACUUAUCCACCAAAAAAAAGAAGAAAGAAAAAUAGUUUAUACAUCUGUACAAUAGAAAAAGCUCAAACUAUAAUUAAUUGUCUAAUUGAAUUGAACAGGCUAGAAGAGAUAGGAAUGAUUGUAGUUGAUGAAUUGCAUCUAUUGGGUGAGACUGGAGGAAGAGGAGCUACAUUAGAAUGUUUACUUACAAAAGUAUUGCAUUCAAACAGUAAUAUUCAUAUUAUUGGGAUGAGUGCAACAAUAGGCAAUUUAGAAGAAAUUACAUCAUUUUUAAAGGCAGAGUUAUACAUAAAAAAUUUUAGGCCAGUAGAUAUCAAAGAAUAUGUUAAAUGUGAAACUGAUAUAUGGCUUGUUGAUUCAAGACUUGAAGAAAUUUAUACUGAUAAAAAAACUAUUAACUAUCCAUAUAGUGAAAGAGCCCGUCAAUUAGAUCCUGAUUUUUUAGGAGGUUUAGUUAUGGAUGUUGUACCUAAAGAUUCAUGCCUAAUUUUUUGUGCAUCUAGAAAAAACUGUGAAAAUGUGGCUGUACUGUUGACACAAGUAUUAUUUAGUUCAUUAGAGAAACAUAGAUCAGAGGAGAAGCUAAAACUUUUAAGUGCUCUCCAAACUGAAAACAAUGAAAUUUGCCCAAUAUUGAGCAGAACUAUUAAAUAUGGGGUUGCUUAUCACCACUCUGGGUUGACUGGUGAAGAAAGAAAAUUAAUAGAAGAGGCAUUUAAAUCUGGAGUAUUAUGUGUCAUUUGUUGUACAUCUACAUUGGCUGCAGGUGUUAACCUUCCUGCAAGAAGAGUAAUUUUACGAUCUCCAUACGUCGGUUCACAAUUCCUGAAUUUAAGUCGCUAUAAACAAAUGAUUGGACGAGCUGGAAGAGCUGGAUUAGGUGAAAUUGGAGAAAGUAUUUUAAUUUGUUCAAAAAAAGAUAUGAUGCUGGUGAGUGAUCUCUUACGUUCCAAAAUGGAUGCAGCAACAAGCUCUCUCCAUGAAGAUAUUGAUAGGGGUAUCAAUAACUUGAUAAUAAGUUCAGUUCUUUUGAAUAUUGCCAAUACACGAAAAGAUAUUCAUGCAAUAGUUUCAAAAUCACUUUUGAAAGUACAGGAAAAUCGUUUAGGGAUUAAUGUUAAAGAAAUAGCAGAUAAAGCACUUGCUAGUUUGUUAAAAGCUGGUGUACUCAGAGUGAAGCAAAAAGAAAAAAGUAGAACUUAUAUAAAAUUAGAUGCAACAGUUGUUUAUCCAACACAAAUAGAUGAUAUUUUUGAAGAGAUGAAAGUACCAUCCAAACCUAUUGAAAAACCAACGAAAACAAUAAUUAAACUAGUCAAUGAUACAGAAAUAGAAUUAUGUCCUUUAGGAAAAGCUGCUAUGAAAGGCUCUAUUGAUUUAAAUACUGCCCAUACUUUAUAUGAAGAUUUAAGGAAAGCAUCAGCCAAUUUAGUGAUUAUUGACCACCUCCAUCUUUUAUACUUAAUCACUCCCUAUGACAUUGCUAGUCAAGUAAAACCAAUUGGAACAGUUUAUCAUGAUGUUAUGAUGUCCUUACCUCCACAUCAGAUGCAAGUGGCUAGAUAUUUAGGUCUUAAUGAAGCAGUUGUUGAAAGACUUAGAGCUGGAAUCACACCUAAGAAUGUAGACAAUAGAAUUGUAGCUAGAUUUUACGUGACUCUGAUGCUGUAUGAAUUAUGGAAUCGAAAAUCUAUCUAUCAUGUUGCUCAAAAAUAUCAAGUGAAUCGCGGCACUAUUCAAAAUUUAUUAAAUUUAGCUGCCUCUUUUGCAACUUCAACUGUUAGAUUUUGCCAAGAAUUAGAUGAGUUUUGGGCAUAUAGUGAUUUAUUAACAACUUUUGGUCAAAAAUUAACAUACUGUUGUGCUUCAGAAUUGGAACCUUUGAUGGAUUUACCUUAUGUUAAAAUUGGUCGUGCUAAACAACUUUACAAAGCAGGAUACAAAACAUUACAAUCUAUUGCUAAAGCUAAACCCAAAGAUUUAAUGAAUGACAUUGACAAUUUGUCAAAAAAAGUGGUCUCCCAAAUCAUUUCAGCUGCUAAAUUAAUUUUAAUGGAAAAAGUGGAGAAUCUGAGAGAUGAAGUUGAAGAAGUAUUAGAUGGAUUAGAAAUUUAGUCCAUCUACUUACUUAUUGAAGACUAGUUAUUUUUUAUUAUUCGUUAUUACUGUGAUAUUAAUAUGUUGAUAUUUUGAAAUUUAAUGGUGUUAAGAAAUAUUUUUUUUAGAAAAUAGAUUAAAUAUUUGCUAUAUAAUUAUUUCAUGUAAAAAGCGUAAAUUUUUUUAGUUGAAAAAAUGCAGUAUUUUGUAAUUUGAAGGCAUAGCCUAAAGUGUACAAAAUAAAAAUUUAUUUUUUUCUAUGAA